AUGGUCUUCGACGCUUCUGUCGAUACCACACGAGAAGAGUCACGUCGCCUAAGGUCUUCACCCUUGGUGGUGGAUGAUAGACCAUGGCAGGAAGAUGGAGAAUUGCUACAGAAAGGGGGGAGAGGAAACUCAUUGGAAGAGCAAUACGGCCAGCAGCGUUCGGACACCGGUCGGCAUACUCCUGGUAUUAAGGCUCCCGCUGAAGCAUCCUCUUCCUCACCACCAGCCCUGGCUCUCUUUCUUCUCCUUGGAAAAGAAGCCAGGGAUGCUCUCAGGGUCGUUAGGGCUUAGGCGGUAGAGCCUAGGGAUGCGGUAGCUAGCUCUAAUGGUAGUAAGAGAAGUAGUGGCAGCAAACGAAGUAGUGGCAGUCGGAGAAGAUCUUCUCCACCACCCCAGCCACCACCAGCGGUUGUUAUGCAGGCUGCAGAGGAGGAAGCUCAGAUUCCAACAGUGAGUCGACGGCCGAGCUAUAUGGAACGGAGUAUGGAGGCUUAUUUGGAGAGGGAAGAGCGUCGUAGUGAGCAGGAGCGGCGUAGUGAGGAAAGGACCAGGAGUCGUUCUCAUAGUAGAAGAGAAGGAGAACAUGCACAUGUUGAUGUUCUUAGGGGCAAUCCAUCUGGAGGAGG